GGGGUGUUACAGGGAAGUAAAGCUGUAGGAUUCUCUUCCUGAAUCAGUGGUACAGGUACAAGGAAGGGUCUGAUGUCUAUUAGUGUGAUAAAAGGCAAGGCUGAUUUUUGCUCCAUUUGGGGGCUGCUUUUGUGCCCUUGUUUGGAUGAGUGGGAAAUUGGUAGGAAUCAUGUGAUUGAAGUGUUUGACUGACAUGUGUCUGUUUGUUUGUCCCCAGCUCACAGUUCUUCCUUUGCAGACAAUGGUGAAUCAUGUAAAGUUGAGCGGGACGUGGAUCCUGUUCUCGUGGAAUUCAGCAAAGCCAAGAAGCCGAUUGGUCUGUGCUGUUUCACCCCCUGUACUGGCCACUUCGGUCAUUGCCAGAGUAGAGGUAACAGUGGGGCAGGAGGAGGAGCUUGGAGGAAAAUGGCCGUUUGCUGGAACCGCUAAAUCCAUCUCUGCGCUAAGGAGGUGGACAUAUCCUCUGCAAUGGGUCUGUGGGUGUCUGGGUAUAGUAGUAUCCUGUGUCCCAAUGCUGGGAGUGGGGGUGUGUGUUGGGGAUGUGGGGGUUGCACCAUUUUCUUCUGGUACAACUGCAACAAACACACUUCCACUUCAUUCUUCCCGGCUUUUCUGCUUCCACCAAUUCCCUGAAAUAAGCCGCACCUUUAUGUCAGCUCCACCCCUUAUUCUCAUGCCACACCCUUAUAUCAGCUCCACCCCUCUCUCACUUCCAGCUCCUCAUCAUCCCAAUUCUCACUUCCUGCACCCCAAUAUCAUCUCCCCCCCUUCCCAAAUCUCUAGCCCCCCCCACCCCCCCCAAGCAGAAGCUCUCCUCUGCCCCAUUCCUUGCCCUUUGGGCACAUAUCCAGCAGUCGCUGGGUGGGAGAGUCCCCAGUAUUCCCUUUUCUCCGCCAGAGGCCACCCCCACACUUACUUUAGCAGAACUGAAACUGGAAUAGGAAGAAACCCAAAUGAAAAGGGAUGUGAGCGACUGUAGAGCAUACUGCCCCCCUCUCACUCUCACAAUGUCCUAUAGACUGGGGGAACUGGGGGCAGCUUGUUCUUCUACUCACUCCUAAUGUGCUUGUCAUUAGCAUUCCUUAAAGGCAAACUAUACCCCCGAACAAUGUAGGUCUCUAUAAAAAGAUAAUGCAUUAAACAUCUCAUGUGUAAAACCCUGCUUCAUGUAAAUAAUCAAUUUUCAUAACAAUGUAUUUCUCUAGUAAUAUGUGCCAUUGGGUAAUCAUAAAUAGAAAAUUGUAAUUUUAAAAAAGAAGGGCCAACCUGAAUCUGGUCUACGCAAACAAACCAAACAAACCAUACAUGUUAGGUCACAUGAGCCAAUUAAAGACAAGAUUUCUCUCACUCUCACAAUGUCCUACAGACUGGGGGGACUGGGGUGCUUGUCAUUAGCAUUCAGUUACAGUUAAGCUGGCCAUAGACGUAAAGUUCUCAUUGUACGAAUCGGGGAUUCGUACGAUUUUCGGAACGUGUGUGGAGAGUCCCGACAUUUUUUGUCCGGCGGAGAUCGGUCGUUUGGUCGAUCG